CUACUCUCAUCUGCACGUUGCACCGCUCGUACCUCCGGCGCCUUCCUAGAAUCCAACCACUUCUACUAUCACUACAUGCUUCACAAGCUCCUAUACUCCCCUUUAGCUGCCCCAUCGCAUUACUACGCAUUUGGAAAACAUAUUUCUUGCUCGAAACAUUCAAGCCGCGCCGUUAUUACCUCUGUAUCAACUCGCUAGCAAUAUGGCAGGCGAACCGGCGAGCUCCAUGACUACGCCCCAAGUCGCUACUGACCAACAGCCUGUAAGCGACGACAAGUCUCUAAGCGAUAUCCGGAGAUCAAUGAAGAGGGACGGACAGGGCAUAAGUGCGUUGGGCCUCGAUGGCGUGUUCCGUAGUUUUGACGCCGAACGCAAUGUUCUCGACGCGGUUGGCCUUAACCCGGCCCAGAUAAGAGAAUACUACGAUGGUCUGCCGCUUCCCGAGAGACUGCGUACCGCCGACGGCCGCAACGUGUCCCGUUGGGAUAUGUUCCACCCCGAUGCGGAGAAUGUUCCGAAGAUAUUUACGGAGGAGGAGAAAGCUAGAAUGCUGGCACAUAACGAGGAGAUGGUAAAGCGUGGAGUCACAUGCGCAACCUGUGUUCCAGGCAAGUCGGUAGACGAAAGGGGAUUGAAAGCUUAGGUUGAUGGUGCCUUUUUGCUUUGCGCUAUUAUAAAAUGUUUAUGCCAGUCACUUCCAAGCCUUAAAGACAGGCCACAGUCGUGUAAUGUUAAUCCAGUAACCUAGCUCGUACCGC